AUGGCAGCGGCCACGGUUCCAUCGCCCGCGCUGCUAAGUACGCCAACAGCCCCAGUCGACGUCAAGCACGCGAACAAGACAACGGCUACUCCACUUUCAGCGAGCAAGACUGCCCCCAAGGCCUCGGAGACGUCUGGCGUCACCAAAAGGAAGCAGUCGAAAAGUCGAAAUGGCUGUGUCACCUGCAAAGGAAAACGUCUGAAAUGCGACGAGAAGAAACCCACCUGUGAUCAAUGUGCCAGACGAACGGUAGUGUGUGGCGGCUACAAGAAAGAUUUCAAAUGGAGACCGUUUGAAGAGCCCAAUAUAUCCGGGAAGCAGCCGCCUGCGAAAUCAAGAAAACUUUCUUUCUCACAAGUACCGACGCCAUCGCCUUCACAGCCACAGGACCACUUCGGCCUCCAUGACAAGCCACAUGGCUUCGUCAGUACACCCCACGGUGCAUACUAUCCACCGCCGAAUCACUCUCAUCAAUUCUCAUCUGCCUCAUAUGUGCAAAUGAGUUAUCCGCAGUCUUCAUUCCCAUCUACAGAAAACGCCUUCAGCAUUCCUGAAUCACCAUACAUCAUCACUCCUCAAUCCAUAUCAUCAGUUGGAUCCUACCCACCCGCGCCGUCCGAGUCGCUCGGUGGAUUUGCUGCUGAGAGCACAGGUGCCAAGGGAGCCGUACAUGCUACAGAUUCAACCAUCUCAUCUGGUCAGUCACCCAAACUGGUCGACCUUCUCAAUCCAGGCACAGAUCUUAGCAAGACACCCGAAGAGUACGACUCUUUCAUAACUCAACACGAAUCCUUCUACCAGCCUACUGGCUUGACACCACCAGCCCAAGCAAAUGACGAGGACGACAUCGAAGAGCUACAACGAGAUUCUGCCAAGGACCAGGAGUCAUGGGUUAUGCGCUUACCAUCUCCUGCGUCUUCCAACUCAUCUAGCUCUUCGUCCGACUCCCCACAGCUGAAGAUCCCUGCCCAGAUACAGAUUUCUUAUACCUCAGCCGAGUCUCUCACACGACGCUACGAUAGAGAAACAUGUGGUGUACUAUCGGUAAAGGAUGGCCCUACAGAGAACCCAUGGAGGACUCUGGUUUGGCCUCUCUCAAGAGAUUGUCCUGCCCUCUUCCACGCAAUUGCCUCGAUGACGUCGUUUCAUCUGUCCAAGGACACACCGACUUUACGGAUACAAGGCAUUGAUCACAUGCGGAACGCGGUACAUGCCCUGGCCGCAGGCCUGCAGAAUAUGCGCGUUGAUGCCGCCAUCUCAACAACACUCGUACUGGCCUUUGCCGAAUCAUGGGACCAGCACAUCAGUACUGGUAUUAAUCAUAUCAAAGGCGCCAAGAUACUGAUUAACCAGGCGUUGAUACAGCACCAGCAUACGCCAAUGCAGGGUGAGGAGUGGACUCGCCUGAAGUUCCUAUGUAACACCUGGAUCUACAUGGAUGUCCUCGCCCGUCUGACCUCGGCUGAUGAAGAUGAGACAUAUGAUGUCGAUUCUGUGCAAGAAAAGAUAUAUGCUACUGGCGAGACUGAUAGUGCUCUUGAUCCCUUGAUGGGCUGUGCGCAUACGCUUUUCCCCAUCAUCGGCCGUGUAGCAAAUCUUGUCAGAAAAGUGCGGAGAUCGGACAGCAACGGUCCUAUCAUCAUAUCGCAAGCAGUACAUCUGAAAUCCCAACUCGAAGGGUGGACGCCACCUUCCUUCAUCGAAGACCCAGAAGAUGAAACGACAAGCCCGCAUGAUACGAUCAAGACUGCUGUCGCUUAUCAGUACGCCACAUUACUGUAUCUGUACCAAGCCGUUCCAGAGAUUGGAUCCCAAUCAUCCAGAGCGUUGGCAAGGAAGGUGCUAUGCGAUCUAGCCACUGUGGCUCCAAGCUCUCGUGCAAUCAUCGUACACAUCUAUCCUCUGAUGGCAGCCGGUUGUGAGGCGACAGAUCACGACGAACGUGAGUGGGUGAAAGAGCGUUGGAGCUUGAUGUCGGCGCGCAUGAAACUGGGUAUCAUAGAAAGAUGCUUGGAAGUCACAAAAGAAGUCUGGAAUCGACGCGACGCACAUGAAACGGAGCGCAUGAAUAAUCAGAUGAACAGUAUGCGUAGCGAAAGCUUUUCUUCGGAUGCAUCCAUCAACCAUGAUUUUGGCACCUAUCCGGAAGACUUCGGAAUGGACGGAGAGUUUCACUGGCAGGAAUCUCCAAAAUGGGAACCGGCGUCAAUCAGUAAAACAGUCUCUUCAGACCCAGAUGUCACAGUCAAAAGUCGGCUCCACUGGUUGGGCGUCAUGAAGGACUGGAAUUGGGAAAUCCUUCUUGGAUGA